AAGUGCAAGCCAUUGACGAUCACAGUGACGUUGCUGCGCGAGGUUAAAUCCGUAAAAUCCCCACCAAAGCUAAGUGCAUUUAUUUAUCUAGCUCAAAUCAUGAUAUAGUACUUAAAUAUUAUGCAACUCGUCCCCACCAUGGUUUUUACCACUUGGAUUUGGUCCAUAUAAAUUCCCUCUAUGAUGCAACAGGAAUGAAUAUAUAUAUAUGAUUUCCCCAUCUUUCUGAGUCUGUGAUGAAUGCUGCUGAUUUAGCCCCGUAGUUGUUGCUCCUCCUCCCGCUUAACCCUCCUCAUAAGAGAGAAGAAACAAUUAAGUGGAUAACACCCUCUUAAUCCACUCCAAUUUUCACGCACAUAAACCUCCUUUAAUAAGGAACAUAAACAUAAAUUUUACUUUACCACUCAACAAAUUUAAGUGUGAGAGUGGGUUGUUGUUCUUGAUGGACUAUUGUCUGCGAGAAAUAGAGGGAAAGCAAGCGCAUGACCCGUUGUUCAUGUCAUCCUACUCCACCGUCUGGCUUCAUGGGCCUCUCAUAGUAGGAGCUGGGCCUUCUGGGCUUGCAGUGGCGGCGUGCCUCAAACAAAAAACCAUCCCAACCCUCAUUCUAGAGAGAUCCAACUGCAUAGCUUCUCUGUGGCAGCUUAAAACCUAUGAUCGCUUACGCCUCCAUUUGCCAAAGCAAUUCUGCGAGCUACCCUUCGCGCCUUUUCCCUCGCACUUUCCAACCUACCCUUCCAAGCAACAGUUCGUGGACUACUUGGAGCGCUACGCGGAGAGGUUCGGUAUAAGGCCCAAGUUCAAUGAGACCGUCAAGCAUGCAGAGUUUGAUCAAAACCUUGGCUUCUGGCGCGUGAGGAGCGUCGACAAGGCGGAGAACGCCACCGUGUACAUGUGCCGCUGGCUCAUCGUGGCCACCGGCGAGAAUGCGGAGGCGGCGGUGCCGGAUAUCCAAGGGGUAGGGGACUUUGGAAGGCCCAUAAGGCACACCAGUUUGUAUAAGAGUGGGGAAGAGUUCAGAGAGAAGAAGGUUUUGGUUGUGGGCUGUGGGAACUCGGGGAUGGAAGUUUGCUUGGAUCUUUGCAACCAUAAUGCUACUCCUUCACUUGUCGUCAGAGACACUGUACAUGUUCUACCACGAGAGAUGCUGGGAAAAUCAACUUUCGGGUUGUCCAUGUGGUUGCUGAAGUGGUUACCCAUACGACUUGUCGAUGCGUUUCUGCUAAUGGUGUCAUGGCUGAUGCUCGGUGACACUGCUCGAUUCGGAUUGGAUCGGCCGCGUUUGGGUCCCCUUGAACUCAAAAACAUGUCAGGAAAGACCCCUGUGCUAGAUGUGGGUACCCUUGCCAAGAUUAAAGGUGGAGACAUUAAGGUACGUCCAGGCAUUAAGCGGCUUAAACGUCAUACAGUGGAAUUUGUGGACGGAAGGACAGAGAAUUAUGAUGCAAUCAUAUUGGCAACUGGUUACAAAAGUAAUGUACCCUAUUGGCUUAAGGAAGAAGAUAUGUUCUCUAAGCAAGAUGGGUACCCAAGAAAACCAUUUCCAAAUGGGUGGAAAGGUAAAAAUGGUCUCUAUGCAGUGGGUUUUACCAAAAAGGGACUACUUGGUGCAUCCAUGGAUGCAAAGAGAAUAGCUGAAGACAUUGAACAGUGUUGGGAAGCUGAAGCAAACCAUACAAGUGCUUUUGCUCGCUCACACUUGCCGCAACCAAAUUCAUAAUUGAUGGAUCCUAAUUUGGUUUUGGCUAAGUGCAGACAUAGAGAAGAGAUUGGAAGAAAAAAAUGGCAAUUGAUGUUUGGGUUUGGCCAAGAGGCAAAAGAGAAGAGAUUUAUUGAAGUUGGUACAUUAAUGGAAACGGAGGAUUUUGGUGGUAUUACGCUAUCAUACGUGUUCAUUGCUAGUACCAAAAUGAUGCUCCUCCAAUAUCCAUUUAUGCAUGGGAGAAUUGGGCAAAAGCGAAACAAAAAUGAUGAGGAUUUUACUUUGAUGCCCUUCAGCUUAAUUUUGAUGGAAUCAUCGGGGUUGAGAAGGAGAUGUUGAAUUGAAGUUGAAGCAAAGAAAGAUGGUGGAUUUUUCUUGUGGGGGCCUAGCUUAGGUCCUUGGUUAUGCGUACGUCUUGUACAUAUUGCAUUUUUUUUUUCCUUAAGUAGGUUUGACUUACAAGAGAGAGAGUGAGUGAGAGAAACAGAGUAGGAGAACAUGGUUGAGAAAGCUGAGAUUUCAGUUUAACCUAUAUAUCCUUUUUAUUUUUUUCACCUUCACCUUUUUCUCUAGGGAUAGAGUAUAACAUUUUGAUGUUUUUUUGGUUGCAUGUUUAUGCUUAAAUUGUUUGGCUUGGGUUUA